AUAGAACGAAAAAGUUUAAGAUCUUUUGGGGUUCGGCUUGGUCCAGAUAAAACAAGGUUUUUAGGGUUUGCUCAGCCUAUUACAGAUGGGGUUAAGCUUUUUAUAAAGGAAUUCGUAGUUCCGGCCAAUUCUGCUAGAAUUAUUUUUUUAGCGAUUCCUUCUAUUUCUUUAAUGUUAUGUCUUUUAGGGUGGCAAAUUUUUCCGUCUUUUGCUUUAUCCAGCUGAUCUUCUAAUGAUAUUUUAUUUUUUUUGGUUGUAAGCAGGCUAAAUGCUCACAUUGCUAUCAUAAGUGGGUGGUCUUCAAAUUCUAAGUAUGCCGGAAUUGGUGGCGUGCGCGGAUUUGCACAAGUUAUUUCUUACGAGAUUUGCUUGAGGAUUUGUUUAAUUGUGGUGGUAAUUCUGAGGGGAAGAAUAAGAUUCUUUUUUAUUGCUGAAUCUGGGUGGUCUGUUUGAUGAAGGUUUUUUUGCCCUCCGGUCGUGUUGUUGUGGUUAACUGUUUGUUUAGCUGAAGCAAAUCGAGCACCAUUUGAUUUAGUGGAAGCGGAAUCUGAGCUUGUUUCUGGUUUUAAUACUGAGUAUUCUGCUGGAGGUUUUGCUCUUUUAUUCAUUGCGGAGUACGGAAUAAUUCUAUUGCUGUGCUCUGUUACUGUUUUUAGAUUCUUUCAAACCCCUAAUAUACUAAAUGUGGCCGGGCUCUGUUGAGCAUUUUUUAAGGUGAUAUUACUCGUAUUUUUCUUCAUUUGAUCUCGUGCAGCCUUACCUCGGCUACGUUAUGAUUUCUUGAUAAUAGCAUGUUGAGCUAGUCUUCUUCCGUUUAUCUUAGGGGUUUAUUGUCUAAUUUUUUUUGUGUCUAAAGUUUAA